GAGAGAAAGGAGUAGGCGGGAAGAAGUAUCAUCUGAAACCUCUUAACACAGUUAUUUCCAGGGUUUCCUUUUUCCAUUUGUAGUAAUUGGUACUUUGUAAACAACUAAACUGUUCAUAUGUUUUGAAAUUUGCUUGUAUUUAUGAACAUUAAAUUUCACAAAACAUAAACUAGUUAGUCUUUGUUAUACAAAUAUAACAUGGACAUAUCAUACUGUAUAUCUAGACUUAGUAAUCAGCUGCAUCCUUCUCAUGUGUGUUGUUGCUAUCUGCAGACUUCUGAAAGCAUCUGAUUUAGAGAAAAUGACUCAGGCCUAGUAAUUAACCUCAGAGAAACUUAAGGUCCCACAACUCUGACUCACACAUUAAUGUGGACGUACAGGAGCAUACUCUGUCCUGAGGCAAAGGAACUGCUUGGUCAACAGGGGAUUUUUUUCUGUUUGCAAGUCACAGCAUGGCAGCAUGACCAUCUGUUUGUGCUCCCUGGGGGAAAAACAAAAACUGUGGUCACUGCAGAAACAAACUUGCGCAGUCAAAUGCAUGAGAAAGGCCUGGCUGUUCGACCGUCACAGUCGACCCAUUGUUGAAAUAUCAGCACCACUAAUAAUGAUCCUGAAGCAAAAACAUGUUUUGACACUUGGUGCUGGUAUUUGGAAAAUUAGACUGGCCUGUUGUAGAUGCUAUUUAAAGACCUAAACUAACACAGUAUGAUUAAACCUGAUAUUAUUAUUUAGGCUACUGAAUAGAGGACAGACAGCAAGUGUAACAGCAAUUAUGAAGCUAUAACUUAAACUUUUCAUUAAUAUAUUUGUUUUAUACAGUAUAUGAUAACUGACUAUUGAUUAUCAAAAUGAUAAUCUGUCAAACACUGACUCUGUGGUGUUUCUAGUGUGAUGAUAAUCUCUAUUGAGAGUUUAUCCUCAUAUGUAGCUUCAGGCCAUCUUUACAUCACCGCGCAGCAGCCAGUGUCUUGUUUACUGGUUUUAAAGCUCGCUGAUCAUUAUGUGUGUAGUGAAGAAAGUGAAUGACUUAAGGCCAUAUGGGUGACCCUGAUUAGAAUAGAAUAGAACAGAACAAUUAUUAUAUGAAGUAUAUGUAAGUUGUAUCAUAUAUGUUGUGUAGUUAUUGCGGAAAUAAAAAUUAGGCCAUGUUUUAUCAUGGUGGGCGUUAAUAAAAGAAGGGUUUUGGUUUGAAUUAGGGCUGCAACUAAAGAUUAUUUUUACUGUUGAUUAAUAUGUUGAUUUGAUAUUUGAUUUUUUUAAAAUUAAGAUUAAUCAAAAAAUAUUAAUUGAUUAAUUGUUUACACUGAAGUGUUUUAAAAAAAAGUGGUAAAAAAUAUUUUGCCAAAGAAAAAAGUGACUUCUUCAAAUUCUUUUUUUCUGUCAGAAGAACAAUCCAGAAUCCAAUGAUAUAUUCACUUUAUAAAACAGAGAGGCAGAAAAUCUAAAUUACUUAAAGGAUUAAUUGGCUAUCAACAUAGUUGGCAAUUAAUUUUGUCACUCGACCACAGACUGUACUCACCCAACUAAUCGACUAAUAGUUUCACCCUUUUUAUAAUCAUCAUUUCAUGUACACUACUGUAUAAACAAUAGAAAAUGGGUCUAGUCAACCCUUAGGCAGCGUGUGUGUGUGUGACCUCCAUCUGAUUUGCUUUAUCACAGAAUAGAAUAGGAGUAGAAAAAAACUAUUACACAUAGACUUUAAUUGUAAACCGUGUGUAUCAGCAGUACUGAAUUGUCAUGCCAAUAAAAAUAAUAAAAUAAAAACAGAAUGGAAUAGAAUAGAGUCAGUGUGGCUAUUUAAUUUUACAGAGCGUCACUAAUGUUGCCGUGCUACUGAGCAUUUCACCUGUGCAGUCAGGCGAGCACAGCUUAGUAAACCGGACAGGAUGAAGUGACAGACUCCCAGGGGAUCCUCACUUUGUCUCUUUAAAACAAUAAACCUUAAACAAGGAAGAUAUCCGCUGGAUUUACAUUUAACUGAGUAUUUAAAAACGGAAUUCGCGGCUAUGAGUCGGAAUCAUAGUGGAUGUUACACCGAGAGCAUCCCCGUGUGACUGCACCGGGCAUCUCCACCCCCGUUUUCUCCCGAAUGGUGCGCUCCGCCGCUGCAGGUCUGCUUCAGGCAGCCACAUCGUGAUCUGCCCGGUGGAUCUUCGACCGCACGGACGGAGGACGGAGCCCGGUGUGCGUGUCUCCUUCUUCCGCUGUCGGUAACGGCUCUGAAAUGAAUGAGGAGCCCGUUCUUCGGACACGUACACCGGGGGAAAGACUCAGAGGACUGUCCCGGGACGCCUGUUACCGCGCCGCGUCCGUGGAAAGGGCACCGGAUUAUUACGGAUCCCUGGUCGUAAUGGACCUGACGGCGCGCGGUGCGGCUCCUGUGUCCGUGACAACCGAGUGAUGAUGGUGCAGAGGAGCGUGCGGUGCUGUCGGAGAGACACUAAACGUAUACGGAUAAAUACUGCAUCUGAUUGACGAGACAUUGACAUCCGUGGAGGUGUGCGCCAUAUUCCCGAUGCACCUGCACCUCCGGCAAAUGAACUAGAGAUCCUGAGCUGCUGGGAAUCUUUUAAUGAGACUCACAGUAUCUGUUAAUCUGCCUUUACCUCAUUGUUUUCUGCGCUAUAAAGAACCACACGUGCAACCUUUCUCUACAAGCCUGGGCCACCGCUUCUUCUUUUCUACCUCAUCUCAUUUGUCUUUAAGCCAUUGAAUUUAAUGCCAUUGAAAUGACUGGUGUCAUGAGGAGCUUUACACUACAUCUAAUGCAGAGGGUUUUUAUUGUGACGUGUGUUUACUCUGAUGCAGCUUGAACAUUGUGCUCUUUUUUGUUUACACUGGAUCAAAUUCAUUACAAGGAUCCUGGUGUCCUCAUGUUAGAGCAAAUAAGACAUUAUCUGCCACUCCUACGUAAUUAGGAACCUGUGGAAUGCUUGAUCUCAAGAUGAAGGAGUCUUGUCGCAUCUGUGGCCGGGAGCUCUGCGGUAACCAAAGGCGAUGGAUCUUUCACCCCACCGCCAAACUCAACCUGCAGGUGCUGCUGUCUCACGCCCUGGGGCGAGAGCUGACCCGGGACGGCAGAGGAGAGUUCGCCUGCUCCAAGUGCACCUUCAUGUUGGACCGCAUGUACCGCUUCGACACGGUCAUUGCCCGCGUGGAGGCCCUGUCCAUCGAAAGGCUGCAGCGACUCCUGCAGGAGAAACACCGGCUGAGGCAGUGCAUCAGUGGGCUCUACCGGAAGACAAAUUCGGAGGAGGGUGCGGUAACGGUCAGCGGAGGGCAAGGAGACGGCAUGGUGGACAUUUCAGGCCUCACUCACGCAAAGUACUGCGCCCUGCUCCAGGAUGACCUGGUCUACUCUUUGUAUGAGUCCUGGGCUGACGACAGCCUGGACUGUCAACAUCACCACCACCCUCAGUGUCCUGCAGGUCCAGGGUCAGAGGUCACAGUUGCGGGCUCACAGCGCUGCGUGCACAGCACUCCCAGGAGGUGUCGAGGAUGUUCCCACUGGCGGGUGGCGGACUCUGACUACGAAGCUGUUUGUAAGGUGCCCAGGAAGUUGGCACGGAGUAUUUCCUGUGGGCCGUCAACCAGAUACUCAGCCAGUGUUAUCGGAGGCAGCGUGGCUGGAGGAGCAGUGGGUGUUGGAGAAGGAGACAGGAAAACUGUUGAAGAUUCAGAAGAACCCCCUUCCUCUCUAACUCUGGUCCCUGGUUCUCAAGACCCCUCAAGAACAUCAGACAGUGAUCGCACCCUUGCUGGACGAGCCAGUUCCAGCCCUUCUGUAGCGUCCCUAGAGAUAGCUGAGGAGUACAUUCAGCCUGAGGCCAUAACAGAUGGUCCGCUGAGCUCCCCCAGGGAACCCAUAGAUGACAGAAUAUCUGACUCCCUCUCCGAGGAGCACAUGGGAGCCCCACAUGGUCAGGCCUCACCUAGGCUCGGCCUCUCUCUGGCCCUCUGUUUGCUGCAGAGCUAUGCCUUCUACCGGCCAGUCCGUAGCUCCAAGGGGAGCAAGCUGCCAGUGUUGCUCCGGCAGAGCUCCAGCAAUGGAGGCGCAAGGCUGGGCUUCCCUGAUCCUGUCCUGGGAAUGUCGUACGGAACCCCAGAUGGAGAAAGAGACAGCCACAUGCCAACACCUGAGCUGGAGACCCCCCUGAUCAGGCUGAAUGUCGGGGUGGAUCAGGAUCUGAACUUGACUGACAUGGAGGAUCUGUUAGAAGAUUUGUACAAAGAGUAUCCUCCCCCACCCCCCCACCAGGUAUAAAACCUCGAUAAGGAUGGUGAUGGUGCAGAAUAUAAUUAUCUUACCACUGUAGGAUGAGUGAAUUUUGCCCGUGUGUACUGCAAAUCUGCAGUACCAGCAGGACUCUGAAUGAACCGUCUCUACAGGCUUUGAUGUUUGACAUACAAACAGUGCAGUCUGCCCACAAAACGAUUAUUCUCACCACUUUUUUUUUUUAGCUUAAUUAGCCACAUAAUCCAGCUGUCAGUCACUUAAAUCCUGCCCACAGCCUCACCCACAAGCUUUUACUCAGGAGGAUAUGAACUACAGUGGUGUGUGUGUGUGUAUUCUGCUUA